AUGAUCACCGCAUUUGCUGGCUCUAAAGCUGCUGAGGGCUUUUAUUAUCAUGUGCAUUGGAGAUGGGGUUUUGGUUGCUUUGCGAUCAUUGUCCCAGCUGUGACUCUUCCGUUGUUCUUCAUGUUGAAGCUUAACCUUCGCAAAGCUAAGACACAUGGUGUCAUUUCAGAAGAUGGCGAUAAGCGAAGUGUUUUCAAGAUCAUCUGGGACGGCGUCAUCGGCUUUGAUGUACCGGGAGUCUUUCUCUUUGCCGGUGGCCUUACGAUCUUCUUGCUGCCAUUUACUCUCGCCACCUCCGCUCCUCAUGGCUGGAAGUCUGGCUACAUUAUUGCGAUGAUUGUUGUUGGAUUCGUUUUGCUUGUGUUCUUUGGCUUAUACGAGACGUAUCUGGCUCCUCAGCCAUUCCUCAAGAACCAGUUCUUGACCGACCGUACUGUUGUUGGGGCUUGUCUUAUCGACAUGACAUAUCAGAUCUCGUACUACUGCUGGAACAGCUACUUCACGUCUUUCCUCCAAGUCGUUAGCAACCUUUCUGUAUCCGAGGCCGGGUAUGUCAACAGCACGUUCCAAGUCGUUUCAGGUGUUCUACUCUUCAUCUGUGGUUACCUGAUUCGCCGCUCUGGACGCUUCAAGUGGCUAUUCUAUAUCGCCGUCCCCAUCUACGUUUUCGGUUUGGGCCUGAUGAUCCACUUCCGUCAACCUAACCAGUAUAUCGGAUACAUCGUGAUGUGCGAAAUCUUCAUUUCGGUCGGAGGCAGCAUCUUCAUUCUUCUGGUGCAGCUGGCCGUUCUUGCGGCUGUCGACCAUCAGUACGUCGCUGCUGUGCUUGCCAUGCUCUAUGUCUCUGGCACUGUUGGUGGUGCUAUAGGCAACGCAAUCUCCGGAUCCAUCUGGACGAACACCUUCCUGAAGGCGCUCACCCGCAAUCUUCCCGCGUCUGCGCAACCAGAUGUUCUCACCAUUUAUUCGAGCUUGCCUGUACAGCUUUCUUAUCCGAUCGGAAGCGACGUACGAAUUGCGAUUCAGAACGCGUAUGGAUAUGCGCAAACAAGAAUGCUUGCCGCUGGGACAGGUAUCAUGGCGCUGUGCUUCAUUUGGGUCCUCCUUAUCAGGAACUUGAACGUCUCGCAGAAGACCACGCAGACCAAGGGUGUUGUGUUCUAA